AUGGAUGUGGUAGCAAGAUUGGCGUCACAAAGAGCAGUGGUCAUAUUCAGCAAGAGUACGUGUUGUAUGUCUCAUGCGAUUAAGCGGCUGUUUUACGAGCAAGGUGUGAGCCCGGCGAUUGUAGAGAUCGACCAAGACAUGUACGGUAAAGAGAUCGAGUGGGCCUUGGCCCGGUUAGGCUGCAGCCCUACAGUUCCGGCGGUUUUUGUCGGAGGGAAAUUUGUAGGAACGGCUAAUACCGUCAUGACUCUUCAUCUCAAUGGGUCAUUGAAAAAGUUGCUUAAGGAUGCUGGUGCUUUGUGGCUUUAG